AUGUUUUUACUAAAGUAUCAUAUUUCUCUUAUUACUUGUCUUUAUACUAUUGUCUAUGCAAUUGAUAAUAAUAAUGUAUCUAAAAUAUGGAAAAAGUUUCAACCAUUUCAAGAUCCUUUAAAAAAUGAAUUUGGUCUUUUAAAAAUAAAUACAACAAAUGUUUUACCAUCAUUUUCUUCACCAGCUGUCAAACUUCAAGGGUAUUGUUUUACUAAUACGAAAAAUAAAGUUUCAGAAAUAAAAGCUCAAUGGAAACAAAAUGAUCGUAAGAAAGUUAUUUAUUUUCUUUUUACAUCCGAUAAUCUCUCCGAUAAUACUGAGAAUGAAUUAAGAUGGAGACUUAAAAAUGUAACAUAUAUUGAAAAACAUGGAGAAGAAAGUAUAACAUUUAAAUCUAAAAAAGAUUCUUUUAUGGUAACUUCUCCAAUACGGUCAAAAUAUAUAUGUAGAGAUAAAUUAAAUAUAACAUUAAGCCAUGAUAAUUAUAAAGAUAUUGUUGUACAAUUAUUACCAGAAAUUGAAUUUAUACCAUUUAUUGGUGAAAAAGGAUAUGGAAGUAAUAUAUUCAUUUGUGAAAGAACAAGAAAAAAAUCUUUAUCAGAAGCUUUUCAAAGUAAAAUGACAAUUAUUGCUGGUAUAGUUCUUGGAUUAUCAAGCAUCUCAGCAAUUAUAAUACAUUCUUUAAGGAGAACAAUUUUUUCUCCUAAUUUUAAAUAA